ACACACUAUACUUAGUCCCCAGUUUAUCUUAACCAUGCCCAUAAAACCGGUUUUAACCAUCCUUAUAGCCCUUUUCUCCACAAUUCUUGCUCUCUACGCAAUCAUAUUGCCUUCCUCUCUCUCUUCUAUUGCUACAACUAUCAUAACCAAUUCUGAACUCGGAGCAUUAACAAUACAUCCAACACUCUUUGGACACAAACACCACCAUCAUGAUCAUCAAUAUUAUCAUCAUCACCACGACGGUGAACGUGUUCCAAAAAAGUGUAGUGAGAAAUGGACGUCAAGGCUUACACACAUUUACAAGGCUUCUCUUGUGUUGACCGUUGAUUUGAACGGUUGUGGUAACUUCAGCAAUGUUCAAAGCGCCAUCGAUUCCGUCUCUGAUCUAAGCCUUUCUAAGACUCUCAUUAUCGUCAAUUCGGGUGUUUAUAGGGAAAAAGUUACAGUUAAUGAGAACAAGACAAACAUUGUAAUGCAAGGAAGAGGAUAUCAAAACACAUCCAUUGAAUGGAACGACACAGCAAAAUCCGCAGGAGGCACUGUCUAUAGUUUCUCUUUUGUUGUGUUUGCAGCCAACUUCACAGCUUACCACAUCAGCUUCAAGAACAAUGCGCCAGAACCAGAUCCUGGUGAGGAUGAUGCACAAGCAGUAGCUCUAAGGAUUGAAGGAGACCAAUGUGCUUUUUAUGGAUGUGGAUUCUACGGUGCUCAAGACACCCUUCUAGAUGAUAAAGGAAGACAUUUCUUCAAAGAUUGUUUCAUUCAAGGGUCAAUAGAUUUCAUAUUUGGCAAUGGAAGAUCAAUCUAUCAGAAUUGUACGAUUAAUUCGAUAGCAAAGGAGAAUACAUCAGGGGUUACCGGAUCUAUCACGGCUCAUGCAAGGGAAACAGAAGAUGAACGGACAGGAUUCUCUUUCGUGAACUGUAAGAUAGAUGGAAGUGGGAAAGUGUGGCUUGGACGAGCUUGGGGACCAUAUGCAACCAUCGUGUUCUCCAACACUUACAUGUCUGGAAUCAUCACUCCAGAAGGUUGGAAUAAUUGGGGUGACCCGAGCAGAGAAAAGACGGUGACUUUUGGAGAGCAUAAGUGCUAUGGAGAAGGAGCAGAUUACAAAGGGAGAGUGUCGUACGGGAAACAACUAACAGAUUCUGAAGCAUCUUCAUUCACGGACAUUUCUUACAUAGAUGGAGACCAGUGGCUGAAUCAAUCUAACGUACUCUCUGAGCUUACAUCUGAAGACAACACAAACGAUCUUAUUGGAUUUUACUAACGUAUAUAAAGAUCAUGAUGCAUAGUUACUCAAGAAAAAAACAAUCAGAUAUGUACUAUAAGUCUAUAAUAGGAUAGUCACAUUCACAUCUAAUUUUUAAACAAGACCAUAUUUGCGUAUAUAUGUAUUCGACUUGCUUGUGUUUACUUAGCUGCCUCAUCCAAUAUCUAAA